GCAGCGUGAGUAGAGCAGUGGAAAUCUCCUCCCAAAACCACAUAUAUCUAUGAAAAUAUAACAAAGACAACUCUUCCUAGAAUAGAGACCAGAGGACACAGGACAACAUCCAGACCACGUCCACACCUUCGAGAACCCAGCGCCUUGCGAAGGGGGAGAGGAAGGCCACAAGCCAACAAGAAGGAAAGCUCUUCCAGCCGUCACUCGUACCAGCCCUGCAAACUAUCUCUAUCACCAUGAAAAGGCAAAACUACAGGCAGACAAAGAUCACAGAGUCAAAACCUGAGAAGGAGACAGACCUAACCAGUCUUCCUGAAAAAGAAUUCAAAAUAAAAAUCAUGAACAUGCUGAUGGAGAUGCAGAGAAAAAUGCAAGAGCAAUGGGAUGAAGUCCGGAGGGAGAUCACAGAUGCCAGGAAAGUGAUUACAGAAGUGAAACAAACCCUGGAAGGAUUUAUAAGCAGAAUGGAUAAGAUGCAAGAGGCCAUUGAAGGAAUAGAAACCAGAGAACAGGAACGCAUAGAAGCUGACAUAGAGAGAGAUAAAAGGAUCUCCAGGAACGAAACAAUACUAAGAGAACUGUGUGACCAAUCCAAAAGGAACAAUAUCCAUAUUAUAGGGGUACCAGAAGAAGAAGAUAGAGGAAAAGGGAUAGAAAGUGUCUUUGAAGAAAUAAUUGCUGAAAACUUCCCCACACUGGGGGAGGAAAUAAUUGAACAGACCACGGAAAUACACAGAACCCCCAACAGAAAAGAUCCAAGGAGGAGAACACCAAGACACAUAAUAAUUAAAAUGGCAAAGAUCAAGGACAAGGAAAGAGUUUUAAAGGCAGCUAGAGAGAAAAAGGUCACGUAUAAAGGAAAACCCAUCAGGCUAUCAUCAGACUUCUCGACAGAAACCCUACAGGCCAGAAGAGAAUGGCAUGAUAUAUUUAAUACAAUGAAACAGAAGGGCCUUGAACCAAGGAUACUGUAUCCAGCACGACUAUCAUUUAAAUAUGAUGGUGGGAUUAAACAAUUCCAAGACAAGCAAAAGCUGAGGGAAUUUGCUUCCCACAAACCACCUCUACAGGGCAUCUUACAGGGACUGCUCUAUAUGGGAGCACUCCUAAAAAGAGCACAGAAAAAAACACACAACAUAUGAAGAAAGGAGGAGGAGGAAUAAGAAGGGAGAGAAGAAAAGAAUCUCCAGACAGUGUAUAUAACAGCUGAAUAAGCGAGCUAAGUUAGGAAGUAAGAUACUAAAGAGGAUAACCUUGAACCUUUGGUAACCACGAAUUUAAAGCCUGCAAUGGCAAUAAGUACAUAUCUCUCAAUAGUCACCCUAAAUGUAAAUGGACUGAAUGCACCAAUCAAAAGACACAGAGUAAUAGAAUGGAUAAAAAGGCAAGACCCAUCUAUAUGCUGUUUACAAGAAACUCACCUCAAACCCAAAGACAUGCACAGACUAAAAGUCAAGGGAUGGAAAAACAUAUUUCAGGCAAACAACAGCAAGAAGAAAGCAGGGGUUGCAGUACU